GCAAUGACCUUUGAACUUCACGCAUCCGGAGACGUCGUAUAUAAGAGGAUCGAGAGAAUGGAGGAAGUUUCGUCUGCGGAGAAGGUUCCAGAGACCUCUGAGGAGCAGGGUGAGGGGCGAGAAGAGGAGGAGAAGGCAGAAGAAAGUGUGAGCGAGCCGGCAGAGAAAGCGGACGAUGAAAGAACAGACGAGAAGUCCACGGAGAGCGAGACUAGGCGCGAGGGAAAAGAAGGCGAGAGCGGGUCAGGCUCUGAGGAAAGCGAGGAGGAAGAGAAAGACGACGGAGGUGGUGAGGAGGACGCUGGUCAGAUGAUGGCCAGUAGAGAAGAGAAGAUGGCAAGACUGAGGGAACUUCACAGAAGAAGAGUAAGCCACAUGCCACCUCUACUAGUGGGUGUGGUUUGAGAGUUGCAGCUCAGUACUAAGUCCCAUUCAGUUGGAGGCGAGGCAACUGAACCAUCGUGAGGUGGUGGAGGAAGACAGGAGAAGCAAGCUGCCAGCCAACUGGGAGUCACGGCAACGCAAGGUGGAGUGGGAGGAGGAGGACGAGAAGGCCAGACAGGAAGCAGAGGCAGCCGGAGAGGACUACGAGAGAGAGAAGAUGAUGAAGACGUCGGCCUCGGAACUGGAGAGACUCCAGCGGAAAAAGAAAAAGAAUCCCGAUCCUGGCUUCACUGACUAUGCCCAGGCACAGUUGAGAAAGUACGAGAGGCUGACUAAACACAUACAGCCAGACAUGGAGGCCUACCAAGAACAGAAGUUGGAGAUGGGGGCAGAUUUCUACCCGGGGGUCAACAGUCUCACCCAUGGAGGAGCUGGGAAAGUGUCCAAAGAAGCCCUAGAGAGAAUGACUCAGGACCUGGCCAAACAAGUUGAGAAGAGGUCAAAGUUCAGUCGUCGUCGCCCGCACGCCGACAACCAGGAUGUUGAUUACAUCAACGACAGGAACAUGCGAUUCAACAGGAAGGCUGCCCGAUACUACGACAAGUAUACGGCGGAGAUAAAACAGAACCUUGAGAGAGGAACUGCCAUUUGAACACUCUUAUAUACCUGUAACUAUGUACAUAUGGGUAUUAUACAUGACACUUUCCACACUUGUUUUUUGAAACCAUUUUGUUUGAAAAUUGGACUUGUAUUCACUACUGUUCCUCAAUGUCGGUUUCAAAUUGAAAAGUCUAAAGGAGGCGACUGCUAUAUAUAGUGGCGCUCCCAAAAAU